CCAGUCUCGUACAGACAGAGGGGGGCAUCCGAGUGUGCGGGCAAGAGCUGUACAGUAAACAAUUCUGAUACGCUUGCAAUGAUAUACAGCAGAACUGCAUGCUAGUGCAGACGUCGCAUGCCGCAUGUGCACGCCUGUCAGUGGAGCCUGGGUGCACAUAGCCAUAUAAGCUGGAGCAGGAGGAAAACAAGCUCACGCGCUUAUUUGGGCUCUCCUCGAGGUACCGUGAUUGCAUGAUGAGAGAGAAGAGAACUGCAGCUAUAAUGAACGAAUGUAAAAUCUACCCCAGAUUUUAGGCAGACAUUGAAAAAAGAAACUCGGCCAGCAAUGGAGAACCAGGCGGCGAUGGAGCCGCAGAGCUACGAGGACGUACGGAAAAGCGGUUAUCUCCGCAAGCAGAAAUCUAUGCACCGGCGCUUUUUCGUUCUCCGGUCUGCCUCGGAGCAGGGCCCGGCCAGACUCGAAUAUUAUGAAAACGAAAAAAAAUUCCGAAGCAAAUCACCGGUCCCAAAGAAAGCAGUGAACCUGGACUCUUGCUUCAACAUCAACAAACGGGCAGAUUCAAAGAACAAGCACAUGAUAGUGCUGUAUACCCGCGGGGAGAGCUUUGCCAUAGCUGCCGACACCGAAGAGGUCCAAAACGAAUGGUACCAGGCCAUGCUGGAUCUACAAUGUAAAUGUAAGACUCCUGAGGAGUGUGGCAGUGCAGGAGACUGUGGACUGCCUUCCCCUGGCUCUGCCUUUAAGGAGGUCUGGCAAGUUAAAGUCUGGCCUAAAGGUUUAGGCCAGGCCAGAAAUCUAGUUGGAAUCUACAGACUUUGCUUGACAGACAAAACAGUCAACUUUGUCAAGCUCAACUCUGAUGUUGCAGCUGUGGUCCUCCAGUUGAUGAAUGUGCGACGCUGUGGCCACUCAGAGAACUUUUUUUUCAUUGAAGUGGGUCGUUCUGCCAUGACAGGCCCUGGAGAAUUCUGGAUGCAAGUAGAAGAUUCGGUGGUGGCGCAGAACAUGCAUGAGACCCUUCUUGAGGCUAUGAAGGCUCUGAGCGAAGAGUUUCGUCAAAGAAGCAAAUCCCAGACUGUUGGUGUGAGCUGUGGAGGAGGAACUGCCUCUAACCCUAUCAGUGUACCUUCUCGACGACACCAUCCGAAUCUGCCACCUUCACAGGUUGGCUUUUCCAGACGUGCUAGAACGGAAACUCCUGGUGUCUCCAACAGCAACACAUCUCCAACUCCACGGCAUGGAUUUUCUAGGUCACGGACAGCCAGCAUUGGGGCUCGCACAGAUGAUGGAGGGGGCAGAGCAACGGCACUCAGCACAAGUCCAAGUCUCAAUGGUUCAUCCUGCUCAACUACCCCAACCCUGAGGCCUAAACCUACACGAGCACCCACUCCAGCAAAGAUCACCCUCAGCCUGGCACGAUACACCCCUAACCCUGCACCUUCCCCAGCCCCCAGCCUCUCAUCCAGCUCUGGUCAUGGGUCAGAAUGUGGGUUGGGUGGAGCUGUCUUUGGAACAAUGCCCAUCUGCACUUAUGCUCGAAUACCUCAGAGAGUGUCGAUGUCAGGAUCACCCAGUGAUUAUGGUUCAUCAGACGAGUACGGCUCUAGCCCCGGAGAGCACUCACUGCUAGCCACAGGACUCCCUGCUGCCCUUGUUGAAGGUGGAGCCAGUUAUAUCGUGAUGGGUCAUCGAGAUGGGUGUCACAAACGUGUUCAUGGACGCAGGGUUCUUCGUCGUUCAUCUAGUCGCGAGUGUGAGGUUGAGCGCAGGCUGCUCAGCAAGCGUGCUUCCCUUCCCCCCACUUCUAUCAAAGAGCAUUUGGUCCCACGCCGCAGGGAGGAGGAAGAAGAGGAUGAAGAAGACUAUGCAGUUAUGUCACGCAGUGCAAGUAGAGAGUCUUUCACAUCUCGCCGAGGCUCAGGGGGUUCAACUACAACAUCACUGGUGCAGGAAAACUCAGCUGAUAAAGGAGUCAGUACUAAAGGGGGUCCUGAAGACUACUCAAUUGACAGUGGAUACAUGUCUAUGCUACCUGGCGUUACGGCUCCUCCUGCUUCAUUGUCACUAUCAGUUUCUGGAUCAGAUGUAGUACCAAAAGGUGGAGAUGAAUACAUGGCCAUGACCCCCAACAGUAGUGUCUCACCCCCUCAGCACAUCCGCCUACCCAUCAAUGAGGGCUACAUGUUGAUGUCUCCUAACAGCAGCUGUUCACCAGACUUACACGGCCUAAGUGGAUGUAAUUGGGGCAGUAGGGGCAGCAUGGAAAGUCGGACAGGCAGCGAAUACAUGAACAUGUCACCAAUAAGUGCCAGGUCAGCUUGUAGUACUCCUCCAUCACACCCAGAGCAGCAACCACUGCAGCCAAAGAUGGUUUAUUCUUAUUUUUCGCUGCCACGUUCAUACAAACACACCACCCUCUCAACUCGUUUUGAGGAUGAUCUGGACAGAGUUUGCAUGGGUAGAGGUGAAGCUGGAGUAAAAGCUGGGCAUAGUGGUUACCAUUGUGGAGGGGACACACCUGUGGGUUCAGGUGGUGGUGGACAACUGUCUCUAUCCUCCUCCUCUUUUUCCUCCAGUUCAGCUAGCAGUGAAAGCCUUGAGGACAGAUCGUUGUCUCUGUCUGUUGGUGGAAUGGGAAGAGCAACUAGGUUGAGUGCAGGACACAGGGUAGGGGGGGCUCACCCCAAAGUUUCAUCCCAACACCAUCACCAGCAGAGAUGUGGGUCAGGUGUUCAGAAACACGGUCAUUUACCAUCAAGGAAGGACAAGUCAUCCAGUUUUUUUGUUGAUGUAUCCAAAGCCAAUACGCUGCCGAGAGUCAGAGAGACUUUGCUCUCAACUGCAUCCCAGAGCCCAGGAGAGUAUGUUAGCAUUGUAUAUCAGGGUGAGCAAGGAGGACAUAACAUGGGGAUGGCUAUGGCUGAGUCAGGGAACUCUAUGGCACAAGGACAUCGAAGAGCCUUUCACCGACCACAGCCAUGUCACAGUCAAGGUGGAUCUGCUAACCUUCCUCGGAGCUUCUCAGCACCCCUCUCCACCUCAAUCUCUUUAUCUUCUGAAUAUGUAAAUAUGGACUUAGGUGGCUCACCUUCUUCUCUCACUACCUUCUCUUCUUUUAAACCUGCCCCAAUGGUCAAAAAGGAGAUCAACAGAGCUCAUCAAGUAGAACAAGAAUUGGAAAUGGGACUCAGGAAGAGCAGCAUGACAGCCAUGACAUCUACAGAUGUGGCUUCUGCUCCUUUUACAGACUAUACUGAGAUGAAGUUUGGAUUGGGUGGAGAUACAACAUCCAAGUCCCCAAAAGCUGGCCAAACACCUUUGUCAUCCUCCAUGGAGCAGGAGCAUAACAUUAAUUUCCCCUCAUCCAAGGCUUUUUCAAACGUGGAUCAGGGUGCCCGUCUAGUCAGGGCUGAAUCAACAGCAAGAAGGCGGCAUCGCUCAGAGACAUUUAUCACACCCCCAACUCACCCCCUCUCACCCUCUGCUUCCCCUUCUCCUUUUUCUGAAACUCCACAUGUUGGUCCAUCACGACAGCAAGGAUUAGAGAACAACCUUUGGUCUAAUAAUCAGCCACCCUCUGCACAGUGUGCCAGCCCUGGAGUAGCAAAUCUUCCUGCUUCUCAGGCAUCUUCCUUAACCCUGGAGCAAGGGCUGAACUACAUUGAUUUGGACUUGGUCAGUAAGGAGAAUCAAACCAUUGUAGAUGGACCCUCUGGCCCUCAUUCAUUUUUCUCUCCUGUAGUAGGAGGGUUGACUGGGGGAUUGGGUGGAGCAGGAGGAAACAUCAGCUCCAGUAUAAACACAUAUGCCAGCAUAGAUUUCAUCAAAUCAGAUGAAUUAAGAGUUCAUCAGAGCAACAGGAAGGACAGCAAAGAUUGUUAAUGUGUUCCUGCAUUUGGACCAGUCAGCACCUGUCCUUCCUGCUUGAGUGUGUUUGCCUGUGUGUGCACAUGAUGUGUCCUGAAAAACGGUGCGAUUUCCCACAUCCCUCAGCAGGGGAAGCCUCAUUAAAACAUUUACUCUCAUUAGCUGCCAUUGGUUCAAACAAUAUAAAAAAAAUUGUGCCAAAAGACUAUCUGUCAUUUCCACCAGAGAUCACUGAGAUGGACGUAUCCUUCAGCUGCUUAUGAAGGGCCAUUGCGACUCUAAUUGCCAACCAGGAGCCAACGAUAAUCCUUUUUUUCCUCUACCACACACUUUCAAUUAUUGUAAGAGAGAUGCUAAAUAGUAUAAUGAUAGAACAAAAAUAUAUAGCAGACAUAAUAUUACUG